GCGAGAAAAAAACAGGUCGGAUUUCAAUUCCGUAAAUUAACCCGAAUUCAAAAAACAACUUUACAUCCGUAUUUCCCCAACUCAUUCUUGCCGUAGUCUGGCUUCGCUAUCUCCCUGAAUCAGAGUUGAAUCUCUUGUUACUAAACCCUAACCCCAUCAUCCCACCAUCAACGCAUCCACACUCUUCCAGUUUCGACCACAAAAAUUGAAGUUUAUUGGAUUUUUCGAUACUCCGCAGUUUUCCUGGAUUUCGGAAAUCUUUUUGACGAAGCAUAAGCAACUAGGUUUUGUUGCGUUUGCGUGAAUUUAAGCUUCAAUCUGGCUAUGGACUACGGGGCUUACGACAGCAGUGGGACCGAUGACGAUCUUCCACCCUCACAUCAAAAUAGAAUUCCCAGAGGUGGCCGAGUUUCUGGUAAUGGAAGAUCUGCUGCUGUCAUGCCUUCUAUCCCUUAUCCUAAAGUGUAUGGAGAAACAGAGAUGGAGGCUCAAAUUCACCAGCUUGAGCAAGAAGCAUACAGUUCAGUUCUUAGAGCUUUUAAGGCUCAGGCUGAUGCCAUUACUUGGGAAAAGGAAAGUUUGAUAACGGAACUAAGAAAAGAACUGAGAUUGUCAAAUGAAGAACACAGGGAACUUCUUGGUAGAGUCAAUUCCGAUGAUGUUAUUAGAAGAAUACGGGAGUGGAGACAAUCUGGUGGGGUUCAGCAAGGGAUAAUGAGCGCUGGUCAAGCUGUUCAUGAUCCAAUACCCAGUCCUUCAGUUUCAGCUUCUAGAAAGAAGCAAAAAUUACCCCCUGCUUUGCCAUCUCAGUCCUUUGGCCCAUCACCCACUUUUCACCCACCGCCCGUGAAUACUCAGAACCAACCAUCUUCCUCAGCUCCGAAGAGGGGGCCUAUGAUGGGGCCCAAGGGAAAAAAACAUAAACCUGUGCUGCCUGGAACAAAAAUGCAAUAUCCUCCAUCUGGAAGAGGUCAGUUUGGCAAUCGGAUAUCCCAACCCGCUGAAGGAGCUUCAUAUGAAUCAGUGGUAGGGAGGAAAGUGAAAACCAGAUGGCCUGAUGACAAUAAUUUCUAUGAGGCUGUAAUUACUGAUUAUAACCCAGCUGAGGGACGACAUGCUCUUGUUUAUGACAUUGGGACCGCAAGUGAGACAUGGGAAUGGGUGAAUCUAUCAGAGAUUUCUCCAGAGGAUAUACAAUGGGAUGAGGGGCCAGGCCAUGUAGUUAACAGAACAAUGGUACGUGAUAGUGCCCCAGGUGUGGGAAGAGGCCGCGGGUUGACUAAGCCUCAAUCCAGAAAAGAGUUCCCACCAUCACAGAAUGGUAUUGGAAAGAAAGUCGUGGGUGAUAUUCAGUUACUUCACACAGAUACAUUAAUCAAGGAGGUGGAAAGGGUAUUUAGUGCAAGCAAUCCUGAUCCUCUAGAGGUUGAAAAGGCAAAGAAAGUGCUGAAGGAGCAUGAACAAGCACUUAUAGAUGCUAUUUCAAGGCUAGGAGAGAUGUCAGACUGUGAAAAUGAUGAACGUGGACAUUUCAUGCAUGGACAAGAAUGAUGAAGUGUUAAUUUAAGCUGUAGCGUUGUAGUAGUAGUG